GACAAAUACCGCAACCCAUCUGCCACUCUGCCACCCUCUCCUUCUUCCGUAAAUUCCCAAAUCUUCUUCUUACACGCAAAGAAUCCAUCUUUUUACACAAUUCCUUUCACUUUCCCAUUCCCUUUCCCUUUGUAAUCUGAUCACUUAGUUCUUAACAUUGAGAAUAACGGUGUGAUUAGAUUAGUUCAAACAAAUUAAACUUUUAUUCAGCAGUUUCUUGAAUCUGGAAACGUUCAUACAAAUUAAAUUAAAGGUGAUCUUAUCUGGGUAAGUCGAUCAGAGUCAUUGUUGGGUUUUGUUCUCUUGAUGAUUUUUGACAUGGUUUUUGGUCAUGAUCUGUAGAGCUUGAAUUCUGAGGGUGAAGAAACAUAUAUGGGGAGGAAGGCGAUCAUGGCGGUAGAAGUUGCAGUAUUGUUGUUGAUGAUGAUGAUGAUGGCGAUGGAGUCUGCAUUUUCUUCCGAUACAAACCCUGUUUUCAAUCCGUGUUUAGAUACACAGAUUCAGAAAUGGGAUGGUUUCACGUUCGGUCUCGUCUUCUCAUCCAAAGAUAACUUCUUCUUCAAUCAAACUCAGCUCUCCCCCUGCGAUCGCCGCCUUCCCCUCUCCGCCAAGUCCGCCCCGCUCGCCGUUUUCCGCCCCAAAGUCGACGAGAUUUCGCUCCUCACCCUUUCCAGCACCACCUUCAAUCCUGCCCGCGCCGGUGGCUAUAUGGUUGCGUUCGCCGGCCGCCAAUACGCCGCUAGAUCCUCGCCUGUUCUUGUAGCCGACAAGUCUCACAUCAUCACUAGCCAUACCUUGGUUCUGGAAUUCCAGAAGGGAAUUCUGCAAAAUCUGUACUGGAAAAAGUUCGGGUGUGCUUCCUGCAAUGGCGAUUCGUUUAUCUGCCUUAACAACACCGACUGCGCAGUCCAAAUCAACAAGUGCCACGGCAACGGCGGCUCCAUCGACUGCAACCUGAGCAUACAGUUGGCGUUCUCCGGCACCGACAAGAGCGACGAUGUCUUCAACAGCUGGUACGAGGUUAAGAAUCUCAAACAGUAUUCACUCUAUGCACUCUACUCCAAUCUGCGCAAUUCUAUCACCAAUCCAUUCCAGAACCUCUUCUAAAACUUCAUGUUCAUGCAAGAAGGUAACAUAGUUACAUAGUUUUGUUGCAUCUAUGUAUUCUCUGUAGAAGCUUUUGAAGUUUCUGGUUGUAACAUGUUUCAUCCUCAAUAAUUUUGUAGAAAUAUG